AUGAAUGCAACACCUAGCCUGCGCUUGACUCCUUCCAACUCGCCCUUCCUCAAGACGUCUCCUCGACGAUCGCCGACUCGGAGUUCGAGAAGUGAAGAGACGGGGCUGAAGCUGAGGAAGGUUAUUGGUACCACGACCGCGACUGCAAACGGCUUCGACUGUCUUCCGUCCUCGAAGCAGUUCGCAUAUACUGCCGGCGCGGCAGCGGUGGUCUGUACAGUCGAGCAAGACUUGACCGUCACACAACGCUUCUUCCGUGCACGACCUCAUGCCUCAGGAACCUCGAAAGACGUCUCCUGGCCAAUCCCACAGACUUCGGAUUUUCGCAGCAAAGCCAUAGGCAACCUGCGGGAGCAAGGGCUCAGUGGCUCGCCUCCGGCCGUAUCGACACGAGAUUGGCCGGACUCCCCGGUCGGUAAGAGCACGACGGUCAAAGAUCGCGUCAAGGCAGCGACCUCGGUUGCCCUCAGCCCCAACGGCAAGUGGAUUGCGAUUGGAGAGACUGGAUACAAGCCUCGCAUCUUGAUCUUCUAUAACAGGGGCGACUCGAGUGAGGUCCCAGUGACUGCAUUAUCCGAACACGCCUUUGGCGUCCAUGCCCUGGCAUUCAGUCCGGACUCUAGGUAUCUGGCCUCGCUAGGGACCGUCAAUGAUGGCUUUCUUUUCGUUUGGACCAUCGAUGACCGUACGGGCGCGGCCGCCCUGCACUCGAGCAACAAAUGUACAUCGACCAUCAAUGCGAUGGCGUGGCUUGGACGUGCGAUCCUCACCGUCGGGCUUCGAUAUGUAAAACUAUGGAAGCUUGACGACGACGCAGCACUCGGUGCUCGGGGUGCAGAAACGUCUAGUGGCGUGCUGACUCCCAAACAAAAGCCGUCAGACUUCGCCAACAGUGUUCUCAGCCCGAGAAGCAAAGUGCUUUCUGGCAAAAACAGUUUACUCGGUGAUCUGAUCGACGCAAACUUCGUUGCUGCAGUCUCGCUCGAAACCGGCAAGGCCGUCUUGUGUGCCGAAUCAGGAGAGAUCUGCUUGCUGGAUGAUUCGGAGAACACCCAGGCCUUGACACAUCUCGGAACAGUUCGGUUCAGAAUUACCGCCGCGAUGAUUGACGAGUCCCGAGUCCUGCAUGUUGCAGGUGCAAUCGGACAAUCUACAUUGGCCCAGUUCCGAUCUCUGUCAUCUUACGAUGCAAUCACGGUCACUGCAAUGGCCAAGAUCAGUGAUGUCGUCGUGGAGCUCGACUCGAAGCGAGGUAUCACAUUGACCAAAGCUGGAGACUCGGCUUCGAAGGACGCCGACGUCGCUUCUCUUCAACUAGCCGCCCACAGCGAGGCUGUUCUUGGAGUGAGUCGGCUUUCCUUGAAGAAGCUGCCCGACGCUGCCUUCUUGACGUAUGCCGGAAAUGGUGGAGUCCACAUCUGGAACUCUACAGGGGCUGCUGUCACAGGCCUACAAGUGCCGGUGGAGUCCUCCCCGGAGAUGUACGAUCUUACUAACGAGCUCAAAGCGGUCGCACAUAUCGAGGAAGCAUCUCUGCUAGUGGCUGGAGACAGGUACGGAUCUCUAGCCAUCUUGGACAUCGCCACGAGCGCUGUCAUACUUCACGAACGAGCGCAUUCGGCAGAGAUAGUCGACCUGAUUUGCUUCGAACGGAUGGGAGUCACUCUUAUCGCAACCGCCAGCAGGGAUCGUAUGGUCCAAUCAUUCGCGUGGUGCGACAGUAAGCUGGAUCUUUUGCAGACAAUGGACGAGCAUGUGGCAGGCGUCACAGCCCUCGCCUCAGCCUCUGAUGGUCAAUUUCUGCUUUCUUGCUCGGCAGAUCGAACCAUUGUCGUCCGGGAAGCGUUUCUCCGGAACGAAGGCGACUCGCGCUCGAUCAUCUUCGUCAUGAUGAGGACUAUCACGCUCAAAUCCUCGCCUCUGUCCAUGUGUCUCGGUGCAGACCAGGACGAACUCCUGGUAUCAGCGGCAGAUCGGUCUGUCUACAAAUACAGCAUCAAGAGUGGUCAGUCGGGAUUCGGGUUCAAAUGCUCAGACUCUGAGGGUGGCGAGGCUGCGGCGUUGUCGAAGAUUAUAUAUGCACAUUCGCUUAACGGCAGUCCAGCGAUCAUUGGCGUCUCGAGUGGCGAUAAAUCUAUCCGUCUAUACAGCGAUUUCGGAUCGCUGAUUGCGCGAGAUUGGGGCCAUACAGAAGGCAUCACGGAUGCGGCCCUCUUGGAAUCUUCCGAUCGGGACGGAGGGCUACCCCGUACACAGCUCAUCACAGUCGCGUUGGACUCGACAAUAUUCAUGUGGGAUACCAAUGCAGCAACGCCGAAAGAGCUGAUAUCGGAAGCGGACGAGGGACUGGAAGGUGGAGCAGGCAAUAGGCUUACGCCAUUGGCACCACCCCUACGGAAGGUCUUGUCUUACUCGGAGCUAUCACGCUUCAAGCGGGAGAAGAGCAUCGAUGGGGACGAAGUCGCCUCACCGCAGGCUGCGGUCACUCCUACACAGCCGCCAUCUCCGCGGCGGCUCAAGAAGAAGACUUCACGAACCUCCAUCAUGUCGCCGCCGCGUCUAGAACCCACCUUCCGCCCCAGCUUCGCCCACGUUGCAUCAUCCACGGAAUCGGUGUGCCGGAAUCUGCGCGCAUACCGGAAGAAGCUGGCAAAUCUUCCUGGCGACGCUGUUCCUCCUCAACUUCUUCGUGACCUCGGCGCGGAGCUCAAGCUCACGGCGCGCGCUCUCGAAGAAAGGUCACGGGAUAGCCACACGAACGGAGCCACGAUGCUGAAAUCAAUGGACAGAGAAAGUGACAUGCGGGUGGAUGUGUUGGACAAGCGGAUCGAGGGGCGCGCUGAUUCCGGGCUACGGCGAAAGCAUCUUUCAGCGCCUCCACACCCAGCUCCGCCUCCUUCUCGCCCUGCCUGGUCUCAUCUCUAA